AUGGAUGCAGCCAUGGAACAGCAGACGUAUUGGACUGCAAAACAGAAUUUGGCCCUCUCAAUGGUCAAAGCAGGCCACACUGUUUACAUCGGCGGUCAGGCUGGGUGCGGCAAGUCUACGCUCGUGUUGAAGCCCAUGGCAAUUCACAAGUGGUGUGGAGUUCGGGAUGGCAGGAUGUGUAGUAUAAAAUUAAGGGGGAUGAUGGCAACUGAUGACAGAUUAAUACCUGCACGAAACAGAAUUUUGUCAACAGAUAUCUUAAUAAUUGAUGAGAUUUCCAUGUUCAGCAGAAGAAUGUUUGAUAUGCUUGAAACAGUUUUGCGAAUAAAGGAUACAAGCCACACAUUUGGUAACAUACAGAUAAUAGUUGUUGGUGAUUUUUUGCAACUUCCACCAGUAAGAAAUUUAAGAUAUGAGGACCUCGGUGAGUUUGCCUUUACCAGCAAAUUUUGGCCACCACACAGCAUAUUUUUAGAUUCUGUGUUUAGACAGAGAGACGAAUCUCUCAUAAGCCUCAUCAGAGAGUUAUCUUUAGGGCAACUCAGUAAUGACAGUCAGAAGCUAAUAACUUCUCUAGCCCGGGAAUUGCCACAAGAGGAUGGUAAAUUGGUGAAGCUAUAUGCAACCAACAUAUUGGUGGACCUUCACAACAGAAGUCGAAUCAUGGACCUUGACGGCCAAAUGUAUUCCUUCCAAUCCACAGAUAAAGGAGAUGAACGAGCCCUGAACACUUUGGUGGUACCACCAACAUUAUGGUUAAAGAUCGGUUGCAGGGUAAUGCUACUAAAGAAUCUGUCUGACAGACUUAUGAAUGGGCUGCAGGGUGAGGUUCGAGACACCAGAGAGGAUGCUGUCCAUGUUUUCUUCCCUAUGUUACAUGAAGUGGCCACUAUCCUUCGAUGUGCUUUCACAAGGUAUACACUGCUGUAG